AAGCUGAAGGACUAUCAGAAGCGCCUGGAUCUCUCCAGCCUGAAGCAGAGCACGGACCCACUGCUCAGCGAGUUCAAGAACACGGAUAUCAGCAAGCGGAACCUGGUGCACGAGGGGGGCCUGACCUGGCGCGUCAGUAAGGACAAGGCUGUGGACGUGCACGUGCUGCUCCUGGACGACAUCCUGGUGCUGCUGCAGCGGCAAGAGGAGCGGCUGGUUCUUCGCUGCCACAGCCGCCCCCCCGGCCCCACGCCCGAGCCCCGGCAGGUCCUGAGCCCCAUCAUCAAACUCAGCUCCGCCAUGACCCGCGAGGUGGCCACAGGUCGGCAGCCGGGGCGGCUCUCGGGGGGCAGCCUGGGGGGUUCUGGGGGGCAGCCUGGGGGGCUCCCUGCCCCCCUACUGCGAUGCUCCAACUGUGGGCGAAGACCAGACAGCAA